AUGUUUCUCUGGUUCAUCUUCGCUUCUUUGCUGUGCUCUGCCUCAGCACGACCCUCCACACAGACUCUGGAAACCCCAUUCAGCGACGAGAAUGACACCGAGGACCCGGCUGAAGUCAGAUCCGCUGCGAUCAAACGCCUUCUGGAGGUGUUUGGCAUGGACGACCCUCCAUCCAUCCACGGACACAAGCAGGCGCCUCAGUACAUGCUGGACCUGUACAACACUGUGGCAGAUGUGGACGGAGUGACCAAAGACCCCAACCUCCUGGAGGGCAAUACAGUCCGCAGCUUCUUUGACAAAUUGCGCAGCGAGCAGGUGGAGUUCAGCUUCAACUUGUCCACAGUGUCCAGAGAGGAGAAGAUCCUGACUGCAGAGCUGCAUCUGUUCAAACUGCGGCCUCAAGCCUCUCUUACCUUCAACAGACACCACUUCUGCCAGGUCAGUGUCUAUCAAGUGCUCGACACCAGCAAAAGCAACAGCACGCAGGACAAAAAACUUCUCUCUUCUCGCCUCAUCCCUGUGCAUUCCGCCGGAUGGGAAGUGUUCACCAUCUCCCAAGCGGUGCGCUCCUGGAUGAUGGAUGAAGACUCUCACUUGGGUCUGCACGUGGUGGUCCGCACGCUGGGGGGCAGUUCUAUGGACAUGAAGCUGAUGCGGUUCGCUUCAGGAAGAAACCAUCACCAAAGCAAGCAGCCGAUGCUAGUGCUGUUCACCGACGACGGCCGCAGAUCCACCAGCCUGGAGAGCAGAGAUCUCCACAACAACGCCGCCACUCCCACGCUGCCCAAGUCCUUCAUGUCGGGCUCGUCCUCCCGAAUGGCUCGCUCCGUCCUGGACUACUCCGAGGAGGAGGCUGCUCCCGCGCCCUGCCAGAGACACCCCCUCUACGUGGACUUCGAGGAGAUCGGCUGGUCUGGCUGGAUCAUCUCUCCUCGCGGCUACAACGCCUACCACUGCAGAGGCUCCUGUCCCUUCCCCUUGGGCCAGAACAUGCGCGCCACCAACCACGCCACGGUCCAGUCCAUCAUCAACGCGCUCAAGUUGCUGAAGGGAGUGGACACGCCGUGCUGUGUGCCCGACAAGCUCUUCUCCAUCAACCUGCUUUACUUUGACGACGACGAAAACGUGGUCCUCAAACAGUACAACGACAUGGUGGCCGGCAGCUGUGGGUGCCAUUAA